UGUGAAUAAUAUCAGCAAGUGAUGCACGUGUUACAGAAAAUUAGAAUUUUGUGUUUCUGUAUCUUCAAUAUUGUUAAUUACUUGAUGCAAAUUUUCAGUAUUCACUACUUAUUGAUUUGCUUAUGCGGGUAACCCAGAAAUCAGUGCACUGGCACUUAAUCGUUUCCAUUUCAAGAACUGAGUGCUGUACUGUCUUUUACUUACUAUCAACUCUCAGUUUGAGAAUAAGACAGUUCUGCUGUAUAUUUGUCAGUACUACACCUUAUACCUGUGAUACUACACUCUAUAUCUUUAUUACUAAACUGUAUAUCUAUGAUAUUAUUCUCCUAGUGACACUGUAAUUCAUUCUUUAUCUUACUGCUUUACUUUUCCUCAGUCACUGUUGAUCAGUAAAGCAUAAGAUACAUUAUAUGGCCUAAGGAAAGUUCACACUCCUCCUAAUUAUUGAGUUCAGGUGUUUCAGCCACGUUCAUUACUAACAGGUGGAUCAAAUGAAGCACAUAGUCUUGCAGUCACCAUAGACAAACACUGGUAGUAGAGGGUCGUACUGAAGAGCUCAGUGACUUUAAACAUGGCACUGUUGUAGGAUGCCACCUCUGCCACAAGUCUGUUUGUGGAGUUCAAGAAUAAAGUCUUAAUAUUUUGAGAAUAAAAAAGUCGGAUUAUUUCGAGAAAAAAGUCUUAACAUUUAGAGAAAAAAAGUUGCAAUGUCUUGAGAAAAAAGUUGUAGAAUUACGACAUUAAAGCGGCAUUAAUACCAGGAAAGGUCGCAAUAUUGUGGCCCAAGGCUUUGCAAAGGAAAGGCUGCACCUCCUCCUAUAAUGAGUUUUUCAGCAUUUUUGUAACAUUACUGAGCUCUGCCUCCUCUUCAACAGUGUCUAUACAAAGCAAACCUUUAAUAACAAAUCAGGGAUACAGUCUGUUAAUGCUCUCAUAUCUCUCUCUCUCUCUCUCUCUCUCUGUAUCUCUUUCUCUCUCUCUCUGUAUCUACCUCUCUCUAUAUUCUCUCUCACAGUAUCUCUUUCUCUAUUUUUCUUUCUCUCUCUCUGGUAGAGUGCGGUUGAGUUCCUACUGUAAUGCGUCCGGUUCUCUGUUCCUGACCCAGAAGAACUCUGAGGUUAAUCAGAGCGUUCCGUAUGAAACCAGACCAAACGCCAAAUACAAACUCAGACCUGAUGUGUACAUCAAGCUGCCUCAGGACAUGCCCUGGAGGGGGCGCUCUCUGGGCCGCUGUGCUGUGGUGGGCAGUGGUGGGAUUAUACUCAACAGUAGCUGUGGAAGAGAAAUCGACAGUGCAGAUUUCGUCAUCAGAUUUAACAUGGCUCCAGUCAAUAACAGUGAUGUGGGUGUGAAAUGUGAUCUGAUGAACAUCAACCUGAGCCAGAUUAACAGAGAGUUUUCUGACUUCAUGCGUAACGACAGCCGUUUAAGACGAAGGCUGGGCGAUUACACCAACACGUCCUUCAUGAUCGCUGCCUUCGCCUACACAUUCUGCACUAAACAGUCCAUUAACCUGCUGCAGGCAAUGUGGCCUGAGCGCCACCUGCUGUUCUUAAGCCCCACCUACCUGCGCACACUGGACCAAUUCUGGAGGGGGCGUGGCCUGAGGGCACAGCGCCUAUCAACAGGAUUUAUGCUAAUCAGCUCGGCGCUGGAGCUGUGCGAGAACGUGCACGUGUACGGAUUCUGGCCGUUUAGCACUGACCUGCACCAGCGGCCGGUGAAUUAUCAUUACUACGAUAAAAUACAGCCAAACCGUGCAGUGCACGCCAUGCCCGAGGAAUUCCUGCGUCUACUGCAGCUCCACAGCCAGGGGGCGCUAACACUGCACCUGCAGCCCUGUGCCUGAACACCAGGGGGCAGCGCUGUGGAGGAUAAACUGUUCACUGCAGCUUCACUUCAGUGAUUCUGUUUUUACUCCAUCACAGAGAAAAUUCCAAUUGUUGAUAUUUAAGUUCCACUCAAAUGUAAAUAACUGUUAACUGAAAAGCAAAGUAAACCUUGAAGCAGUAAAUGCUUUACGCUUUACAGUACCACAUCUUUAAGUGUA